CCAGCAUUUCAGCAAGCGGCGGCGGCGGCGCCCGCGGGGAGAGGGACGCGCGGGCCCGCGGGGGCCGCCGAGCUGCGGGGCCGAGGCGAGCUCAGGAGCCCACCCCGGAGAGGGCCCGGAGCAGCGGGGCCCCGGGGCCUGGCUCGGGUGCCCGGCGGAGCGCGGCGGUCAGCGCGGAGGGACUGUCGCGGCCAGCGGCUCCCGCGCCGGCCGCCAUGUCCUCCACCGUGAACAACGGCGCGGCCAGCAUGCCAUCCCCGCCCGACGCCGCGAACGGCUUCCCGCAGCCGGGCGCCUCCUCCGGGGCCUGGCCGCGCGCUGAGGAGGAGAUGCGCGCCGCGGAGCCGGGCCUGGUGAAGCGCGCGCACCGCGAGAUCCUGGACCACGAGCGCAAGCGGCGCGUGGAGCUCAAGUGCAUGGAGCUGCAGGAGAUGAUGGAGGAGCAGGGGUACUCAGAGGAGGAGACGCGGCAGAAGGUGGGGACGUUCCGGCACAUGCUGAUGGAGAAGGAGGGCAUGCUCAGCCGGGAGGACCGGCCUGGAGGCCACCUCGUGGCCGACACCCCGCGGCUGAUCGAGGGCCCUGACCCCGGGUUCGAGUACGCGCCUCUGGACGAUGAUGACGGCGACGGCCCGCUGGACUGUGACUGCCCGGCUGCCUGCGAGCGCGGCCCCCGCGGCUACAGGACCAAACACUGGUCCAGCAGCUCAGCAUCGCCCCCUCCCAAGAAGAAGAAGAAGAAGAAAAGUCGCCGCCGCAGGGGCCGCAAAAAAAGGAGACUAGAGCCAGAGCACAGCUGUGGGAGCCCGUCACCCCUGCGCAAGAAGAGGAAGAGUGUGAAGAAGCACCGGAGAGACAGGUCCGACUCUGGGUCCCGGAGGAAGAGAAGGCACAGGUCUCGAAGCUCCAAGAGCAAAAGGAAAGAGAGGAACAAAGAGAGGAAGAGGCCCCACGCGGACUCCCCAGGCCCGCGGGCCCGCGGACACAGCAGUAGCGGCCCCAACAGCCCCGCCCUCUCCUCCCAGGACAGCGACUCGAGGUCGCCCAGAAGGCCGAGUCCCAGGCACCGAGACGACGGGCGGAAGACGGGCAGCCAGCGGUCCAGCGCGAGCCGGUCGCCUUCCCGGUCGGGCGGCAGCGGAUGGGGGUCGCCGCGGCAGAACGGCGGCGGCGGGCGGCAGCGGAGCGGAGCGCGCGGCCCGCCCGAUAAGCCCAGCUCGCCCUCGCCCAGGGCCGGCGACCAGGCGGAGGCCGGCGCAGCCACGCCGCUGGCGCGGGGGAAGCGCAGCCCGAACCCGCGCGCGGCGCCGUCGGCGCCCGGCAGAGGAGGCGGCGCCGCGGGCCCGGCCCGGCGGCGGCGGCGGCGGCGAAGGCGGCGGCGGCGCUCCCGCUCCUCGGCGUCCGCGCCCCGCCGCAGGGGGCGGCGGCGAGCCCGGCCCGCGGCCCCCCGGGACUCGUCGCGCUCGCUCAGCCGGGCCCGCUCCAGCAGCGACUCGGGGGGCGACGCCCCGGGACCCGGCGCUGAGCCCGGCUCCGAGCGAGGCCACAGCGGGCACGGGAAACGGGCCAAGGAGCGGCCCCCGCGCGCCCGGCCCGCCAGCACCUCCCCGUCCCCGGGCGCGCGCGGCCGGCACGGCGGCCCCGACGGCACGAGCUCGUCGCGCAGCCCCGGGCCCCCGCCGCGGUCGUGGGGCUCCAGCCGGUCGCCGUCCAAGUCUCGCUCGCGCUCGGCGGAGAAGCGGACCCGCAGCCCCAGCCGCUCGCCGUCGCCCAAGAAGGCCGCGGGCCGGGACAAGGACGCCGAAGGCCGCGCCAGGCACGCCGAGGCGGAGGCCGCCCGCGCCCGGCGCCGCUCCCGCAGCUACUCGCCCAUCCGCAAGCGGCGCCGGGACUCGCCCAGCUUCAUGGAGCCGCGGCGCAUCACCAGUGCCAGGAAGCGCCCGAUCCCCUACUACCGGCCCAGCCCCUCGUCGUCCUCCAGCUGCCUGAGCAGCGACUACUCCAGCCGCAGCCCCAGCCCCGGCCCCAGCCCAGGGCCCAGCCUGGGCAGCUACAGCAGCCGCAGCCGCGGGACGCGCAGCCGCACACGCAGCCCCUCCCGGACCCCCAGUCCCAGCUACUACAGCCGGAGCAGCUCAGAGAGCGGGGGCUUCUGAGCCCAGAGCCCCCAAACUCACGCGGGAGGGAGGGGGGCGCACCCCACAGUCACCAAGAGGUCCCCGGGCCAGGGAAGACCUCGGUGGGGGGGCGCCCUACAGACCUGGGGCAGCCGGAGUCUGCUGCUUCUCAGGAUCCCAGCUCCCCACCUGCUGCCUGACCACCAGGCCCAGGGAACAAAGAGCCGCUGCGAUCACAGGGGCCACCUGCGCCCCUUCCUGCUUGAGGCCAGCUCUCCAAGCUGGGACAUCAGCGCCAUGCAGCCAAAAUCAGGGGUACCUUUGGCAGUGUGGGAGCUGGGGGGCUCGUCCCCAAGGCCCACAGCCUCCCUUACCGGGCCCCUCGGGGGCAGAGACAGGGAGUUAGGUCUUAUUUGGAGGCACGUUGGGAAGGCUGAACCCCCACAUGCCCCAUCUUCCAGGCAGGGGGGCAGCUGCCUUCCCACCAGGCCGCAGGAGAGAGUUGGCUGGAACUGCAGAGGAGCUCACGGUCUCCCCCAGACACUCCCCUGGCUCCCUGAGGGCCCGACCAGGAGGGCCUUGAGCUGGGAGCUCGCCCGAGAACAGAGGCUGGACUCCGCUUCCGGCCCCCACCUGCCAGGCCCUCUGAGCAGCAGGGGUGGGGACAGACAGACCACACAAGCACGCAGCCCUGAGGGCACGGAGAUCAGGAGAGUCGGUGGCCACUGGCCGAGCAAGACCCCGUGUCCCCCUGGUACGGGGAGAGGGCGGCUGGCAGUGUAGGGUCAGGUAGGUGGGGGACACGGGGAGAGCCAGCCUAAGGGAACAUGACUUCCUGUCAGAGAGGGGGUGCUGCAGUAGAAGAAAGAGAGGGGACCACCCCCCCCCCGACUGAGGGCCUGGGGCACCAGCACACCCCCUCCUCGCUGCCCUCAGCCCCACCUCCUGGGGCCCUCAGGGAUGUCACCCAGUCUUCCUUGGUCUCGCAGGGCAGUUGGCAGAGUGGGGAGCAACUGGAGUCUGGUCGGGGUCCCCUCUCUCGCCUGUCCCCCUCCCCCUCUCUCCGUGGAGUGGGUCACAGUUGGACUCUAAUAAACACUCGGUGCCCGGAUGGCACGUGUGCAA